GCGGUAAACAACGUGCUCCAAAGUUCGUGGCUAGCUACAUUUCUGUAUUUUGAAGAAUUUUCGAUUUAACCAGUGGUGUCACUUAUCUUAGGCAUCCUGGCUGAGUGUUCAAACUAGAAUGGGUCGAAAAGUAGCUGACUAGCUAGCUAAUGUAGACUGAUUUGCCAGCUAGUAGUUAACCCUAGCGGCUAAAUUAUGAUGGACAAAGCUUUCCCUGCAAAAAAAGUAUUUAGCUCGCUAGAUGGCUGCAAGAAGCAGUUUUGUUUUAGAAAGAUGGGUUAGCAGCGUGUGUUGUUGCUAGCUAGCAGUGGCCCUUACACCAAAGAUGGUCUCAUUAGCUUAUCUGUGUUUAUACUGUUUGUUCCAAAGCGCUUCACCCAUCAUUAUCGACACCAAUUGACGAGGGUGUGCAACUGCACUGCAGUACUCACGAACUUUGGACCUGCGCAGUGCCGUUCGCAGUGUUUUGGUCUUCAAUAGCUUCAUAAACCCCGCACAUUAUUACAAUUUCUCUUUUUAAAAUGUGAUUUUAAUCAUAACCCUAAGCACACUGCUAACUGUCUACUUUGUUUUUUGUUAUUGCAUUUUUUGCUAUUUUGUGGCUGUGGAAUCCGACUUUGUUGCUAGAAGCUAGUGGAAACCUAGCUAGUAACGUUACUUCCGUGGGACGACAAAGUUCGCAAGUACGAUAUUAUCAGAAUGCAGUUAAUUUGUUAGCAAUUCUAAUAAUAACAGGUUAUUAAGGAUGCCCGCAUGUUGAAUAUAAAACAUUCAUAUUAAGAUCUGUAUUAGCACGUAAACAAUAUUGUAGAAUUGCUGCACUCAUUCAUAUCAUUUUUCGACGUAUAGUACUUCCGUGUAGCCAUGGCUGAUUCUGUUGCAGUAGAGGACCCGAAAUUCACUUUACAAGAGGUUCUUGACACUUUUAAGUCAUGCCUAUCUGAAAACAAAGAAGUGUUCCUCGAACAUUAUGUAGCAGGAUGGCUUGGUCUUGUAAGAUUCAUGAACAGCCUGGGGAGUGUGUUCUCCUUCAUCGCCAAGGAUGCUGUCAACAAGAUCCAAAUCCUGAUCAACCAUCUGAACGGUGAGAAUGGGGCCCACUACGUCACUGUCCAGUCUAUGGUCAAAUACGAACUGGACAACCAACUGGUGGACCUGACUAAGAGAGGCAGCUUCCCCGAGUCCGGCUGUCGCACCCUACUGAGGCUUCACCGUGCCCUGCGCUGGCUGGAGCUCUUUCUCGAACGGCUGCGCACCAGCACUGAGGAAAGCAAGACCUCUCUCAUGUGCUCUGAGGCCUAUAAUGAGUCCCUCUCCCAACACCAUGCAUGGAUCAUCCGCAAGGCUGCCGGUACAGCUUUCUGGGCCCUCCCAGGGCGUGCUACGUUCUUUGAUGUGAUGAAUGUAGGUACCCCAGAGCAGGUAGUGACCAUGCUAGGGGAUGCCCUGCCGCUCAUCUCUGAGGUGUACCAAGUGACAGAGGACCUCUAUGCCCAGAACAAUAUAUUGGACUUGCCCUAGUAGGCAGGAAGUACUGUAGUAGUAGUUGCCUGAUGGUCCCAGAUCUGUGUGUGUCAUCUUGCCAACUCCAAUGGAAUUGUUUAUAAGAGUUGGCAAGACAGCAUAAAUAGAUCGGAGACCAUCAGGCUACUGUAGGCCUCGUAGUCCAACCAGCACAUCAAUGCUGGCAAGCUGUGCUGCUCCUUAUUGUUUCUUGGUGACAAUUUCUGGUGUAUGGAGAUGGGUGUAUUACUGUAUGUACAUUACAUUUAUGUAAUAAGGCAGCAUUACCCAUAUAUUUAUUUCUAAUUAGAAUUGUGAAAUGGGAUUUCUAUGGCAUUCAGUGCUGUUUUUGUGCAACACAUCUCUUUGCAUUUCAGUCUCUCCUUAAUUUGUUUAAGCAUGCAUCAGUUUUUAGCGCUCAAAGUAGGUUUUGUAUUACGGGAAGAGUAUGUAUUCAUUGCAAAUGCAAUAGCAUAUUUUUAGGUUGUAUGUCGGUCUUGUCUAAUCUAAAGAUAUACAUGUCCAUAAUUGUCGCCCCACAAUGAAAUUGGGGAGGGGACGGUGGAUCUGUCUGUUAGUACGUUCGUUUGUCACACGUGAUAUCUCGGACCGCACUGUCCCAAUUUUGACAAAUCGACAGCAAUUUUGUGGAAUGAUGCGUCUUGCCAUAGAAAUCAGGCAUUUACAAAAUUACACUGAUUAUCCAGAUGGCGUGUGACAAAGGAACUGCAGCCCAUUGUUCAGAUGGGUUAAAUGGAAACUGAAAACCUGAGACUGACUGUAGGUCUAUAACUUUUCACGUAGUCGUAAUAUUAACCCCAGCAGAAUUAAGCAUUUCUUGAAGUAAACUGAUACACCAAGUGUACACUUUGACUCGGGAACAGGAGUGGAGAAAUAUGAUUGGUUUAGUUCAGCGUCUUGAGAGAAUGCAAAUGUGAAGUCUGUAGAGGUGCCAUCUUUAUCAGCAUCAUAAAAGCUGAUGGAUGUAUAUUUUAUGUGGUUGAAAUACUAAGUCGAAUGGAGAUCUUAUCAGAAACAUGUUGGGUUGUUUUCACAGCUUUCUAUUUCCUUACAACUGGUUAAACUGAUGUCAUUUGGACAUUCUGCACAGUAAAUCUUUCCCAUUU